CUUUGCUGUAUUUCCUUCUUGAGCAUGUUGUGGUUACUGGGGAGCCCGGAGGCAAACUUUUCCUUGAUGCCUCCUCUGGGUUUCUUUUUAUCGGCAAGGGUCUAGAAGGGCUUGAUCAAAGGACAAGAGGAAGAAGCCACCGAUUAGUGUCGAUUGAAGAAGCCCCACUGUCCUGCCCUCCUCGUGCCGGGAAAUGGAAGGAGGUAUUACGCAGGAAGAGCCGCUGGUCAACUGCCCGGUUUGCCUGGUGGAACUUCCCUCUGCGCGCAUCAACUCACACCUGGAUACCUGUUUGCAGCUGCAGGACGAAGGGGAAAACUCGUUCACCGGAGUGGUCGGAAGCAGGAGCAGCAGCGCCCCAAAACCCACAGCAGGAACGGGGCUGCCCCCUCUGACCCAGCAGCCCUGCUCUAAGAAAAUGCGGCUCUCCCAAUCUCCGGAGCGGAGAAACCAAGAAGAGGAGCCGAGGAAUGACCUCGGUUCUUCCCCGGUGUUUUCUCUUUUUCACAGAGGCAGAAAUCUAGGAGGAGCCCAAGCGGGGGUAUCCCGGGGCGCUGUUACCUCUCCAAAUCCGGGAAAGGGGGAAGAGCGGUGGGGGGAGAAUCCCGAGCGAGCACCAGAUGCUUUGGAACCGCUGUUGAAGGGAGAGAGUCUGGCCCAAAAACUGGAAGGGAAGCCUCUGGCCGAUAAGCUGCGGCCGACCCAUCUGGGAGAUUAUGUGGGUCAGAACCAGGUGUUGGGGAAAGAGACCCUCUUGCGGUCCUUGCUGGAGGCUCACGAAAUCCCCUCACUCAUUCUUUGGGGACCUCCAGGCUGUGGAAAGACGAGCUUGGCACAUAUCAUAGCCAGCAGCAGUAAGAAGAACGGAACACGGUUUGUGACACUGUCAGCCACAAGUGCCAAAACCAGUGAUGUCCGAGAUGUAAUUUCUCAAGCCCAAAAUGAAAAGAGACUCUGCAAGAGGAAGACUAUCCUAUUUAUAGAUGAGAUACACCGUUUCAAUAAGUCCCAACAGGACACUUUUCUUCCUCACGUUGAGUGUGGAACCAUAACCCUGAUUGGGGCAACAACAGAAAAUCCUUCCUUCCAGGUCAAUUCAGCGCUGCUGAGUCGGUGCCGCGUUAUCGUUCUUGAGAAACUCUCCGUCGAAGCAGUGGAAGCUCUUCUGAUGCGAGCUAUCAAGUCCUUAGGGAUCCAGGUUCUGAGCCAAGAUGAGGAACUCACCAGCUCUAUGAAUGCCAACAACAGCAAGGACUCCGAGUUAUGUGUAUUGAUUGAAAGAAGAGCAAUAAACACUCUUGCCUAUCUUUGUGAUGGUGAUGCAAGGACUGGGUUAAAUGGGCUCCAGAUGGCUAUCCAGUCAAGAUUAACCAACCCCUCCCAUCAGAGUAACAGCCAUGAAUGUUCUGCUAAACAAGUGGUCAUCACAGAAGACCACGUGAAGGAAGGACUCCAGCGAUCCCACAUUUUGUAUGACCGAGCUGGUGAAGAGCAUUAUAACUGCAUCUCUGCACUUCAUAAAUCUAUGCGUGGCUCUGACGAAAAUGCUUCCCUUUACUGGCUGGCCCGAAUGCUUGAAGGGGGUGAGGAUCCAUUGUAUGUGGCAAGAAGGUUGGUACGAUUUGCAAGUGAGGAUAUAGGAUUGGCAGAUCCCUUGGCCUUACCUCAAGCUGUGGCUGCUUAUCAAGGUUGCCACUUUAUUGGAAUGCCGGAGUGUGAGGUCUUACUGGCGCAGUGUGUGGUCUAUUUCGCCAGAGCACCGAAGUCUAUUGAAGUGUACAGCGCUUACAGUAAUGUGAAAACGUGCCUAAGAGACCACCAAGGACCUCUUCCGCCUGUCCCUUUACAUUUGCGGAAUGCACCCACCAAGCUCAUGAAAAAUUUAGGUUAUGGUAAAGAUUACAAAUAUAAUCCUAGGUACAAGAAUCCUGUAGAACAAGAAUACCUGCCUGAAGAGUUGAAAGGGAUUGAUUUUUUCACACGAAGCAAAAUUGGAUAGAAAACUCUAUUGUCCCACGCGAUUCAUAUUAAUCCCAUAAUAUUUUUUCUUAAAAGUUCAUUUCAGUUUUAAGAAAAAUAUUUUUCCAGGCUAGCCAUAUUAAACUGGCAGCCUUAAACUGGGAUGCCUACCUUUUUGUAUUAAAUAAUAUGUAUGUUAAUUAAAUCAUCUUUGAUACACAUGAAACGAUUUUGGGGGCAUUUUAUUGCUCCAAUCCAAGGCAAAAAGCUGCUCAGCAGAUAUAGAUAUAUGCAUUAAUGUAUAAUGUAACAUUAAAGUUCUUGAAAGAAACUACACUUUUCUACACUAAUUGUGUAAGAGGAAAAUAUGUGUUGUUUAAGGAGCUGCUCCUUUUCCACUUGAAGUCCAAAUAGCUGCACAUUCCUGAACCAUUUUGUACUACUAAAAAUAUUUUAUUGCAAGUUUUAUGCAAAAUGUAAGAACUGUUUGAUAACCUUGGAUAAAAUACAUACGAUAUAGGUAAAAGGACAACUAAAAUCACUUGAUUUAAUCAAGGAUAUAAAGGGCAUUAUGUCAAAAAUUUAAAAAUGAAAAUUGCCCAGCUUAGCUAAUAUUAGGCUUUUUCAAUGGGACUGAUAUAAGCACGGAUAUAUAUUUAAUACAAUCCAUACAACUUAGAAAGGCCUAAUUUUACUUGUGUCUUUGUUUGGAACUGAAUUUAUGCCAGACUGCAAAGAAAUACUGCAUUUGCACCUUAAGCUGAAAAAAAAAUCCUUAUAACUGAAAUGUACCUUGAGAAAUUUUGAAACUCUGAAAAUAAA